AUGAAGACACCACUAUUCCUCUUCUUCACCACUCUCCUGCUCUUCGUGCUUCCUACAUUUGCUCAAUUCCAGUUCUUUGAGCAAAUGUUCAACCAAGGUGGCCAACAAAACCAACAACCACAAAACGCCGCCUCCGACUCUGCCUGGUACAAGCAACAAUACGAAGCUGGUGAGCCUCCCUUUCUUGAACCAAAUACAGAGUCACCCACUGACGGCAUACAAACAGUACACUGCGACAAAUACCUCUGUCCUUCCACCUUGUCCUGCGUGCAUUUCCCACACCACUGCCCCUGCGCAUUCCCCGAGUUGGAAGAUAAAGUCGAGUUGGACGAUGGCAGUAUGGUGUGCGUAUCAAAAGGAGGCUACAAGGCUGGCGAGGCUGCAAGGAAGAUUGAAUUGGCGAGAAAGGGCUUGUUGUGA